UUGCUGAGUGUUGGUGGCAGAGGAUCAGGCCCCAGAGUCUAUGGUGCCGUCUGUGGACACAGGCAAUGGAGGAUUCUAGCUGGCCUCAGCUGGAUGCUAAAUCCAAGGUCACCAACCAGCCUGUAGGUUUUCAGUGGAAACUAGGUAUGGCUGUAAGCUCUGACAGUUGCAGAUCACUUAAGUAUCCUCAUGUUGCCAUGAUGUUAAAAGUGGCAGAUCACUCUGGCCAAGUAAAGAAUAAGUCUUUUGAAAUGACAAUUCCACAAUUUCAGAAUUUCUACAGACAAUUUAAGGAAAUGGCUGCAACUACUGAAACUGUGUGAAUACUGAUUGACUUGGCUGAUAGACUGAUGUCAUUCUAAAGUCAUGGAAACAAAGUUGUGCAACAAAACUUCAGAAGGAUCAAAUAAUGUAUAUUGAAUAAAAAGUGCACUUUUGCUUUUACA